AUUGCUUGAGUUACGUUCUGUUUCAAGAACUACAUAAUUUAGAAUCAGUAAAUCUAAAUUGCAAAAUUUUAUAUUUCGUUAAAAUUUUUAUGAUUAAUAAUAAAUGUGUCGUCACUAAUUCUGUGAAACGGAUCUUAAGCCGUGACAACGACGGAUGGUAUAGUUGGUUAUUGAAUAAAUUGUAAUUGAAACUUGCAACUAUUUUCCAAACUGGUGUAUAUAUUCAUUCAUUAAUUCAAAAUGCCUGACCAUUUAGGGGAUGAUAUGCGAAAAGUCAAGGAUGAUAAAGAAGAACCAGAAAAAGAAAUUAAAUCGCUCGAUGAAGGGGAUAUAGCACUUCUAAAGUCUUAUGGCCAAGGACAAUAUACAAAAAUAAUUAAAGAGGUCGAAGAAGGUAUACAAACUGUAAUGAAGAGAGUCAAUGAACUAACUGGCAUCAAAGAAUCCGAUACAGGCUUGGCACCUCCAGCUCUGUGGGAUCUUGCUGCAGAUAAACAGACAUUACAAAAUGAGCAACCCUUACAGGUUGCAAGAUGCACUAAAAUCAUUAAUGCAGAUUCCAAUGAUCCUAAAUACAUAAUCAAUGUGAAGCAGUUUGCUAAGUUUGUUGUGGACCUUGCUGAUUCCGUAGCACCUACUGAUAUUGAAGAAGGAAUGCGGGUUGGUGUGGACCGGAAUAAAUACCAGAUCCACAUACCACUCCCCCCAAAGAUUGAUCCCACAGUUACAAUGAUGCAAGUGGAGGAGAAACCUGACGUCACAUACAGUGAUGUGGGCGGGUGCAAGGAACAGAUUGAAAAGUUAAGGGAGGUUGUUGAAACUCCAUUGUUGCAUCCCGAAAAAUUUGUGAAACUUGGUAUUGAGCCUCCCAAAGGUGUGCUGCUGUUUGGCCCCCCUGGUACUGGUAAGACGCUCUGUGCUAGGGCUGUCGCCAAUCGGACAGAUGCUUGUUUUAUCAGAGUUAUUGGCUCGGAGCUGGUACAGAAAUAUGUCGGCGAGGGCGCUCGUAUGGUGCGCGAACUGUUUGAAAUGGCGCGCAGCAAAAAGGCCUGUCUCAUAUUCUUUGAUGAAAUCGACGCCAUUGGCGGAGCUCGGUUUGACGACGGAGCCGGUGGUGAUAACGAAGUUCAACGUACUAUGUUAGAAUUGAUCAAUCAACUCGACGGAUUUGAUCCACGCGGUAAUAUUAAGGUUCUGAUGGCUACGAACAGGCCCGACACACUGGACCCUGCCCUUAUGCGUCCCGGCCGUCUCGAUAGGAAAGUCGAGUUCGGUCUACCGGACUUGGAGGGGCGAGCGCACAUCUUCCGCAUUCACGCCCGUUCGAUGAGCGUCGAAAGAGAUAUUAGGUUCGACCUGCUUGCACGCUUGUGUCCCAACUCCACCGGUGCUGAAAUCAGGUCUGUGUGCACAGAGGCGGGCAUGUUCGCGAUCCGCGCUCGUCGCAAGGUCGCCACCGAGAAGGACUUCUUGGAAGCGGUCAACAAAGUCAUCAAGUCAUACGCCAAGUUCUCGGCCACGCCGCGUUACAUGACUUACAACUAAAUCAAUGUAAAGUUAUUUGUAUUAACGUAUUUCUGAUAAUAAAAUAAAUAGAAUUAUCUAAAAAA